AUGUCAAACUACAUACCAAAGGUGCAAGUUGUAAAGCUAGGGACACCUAACACUGGAUUUGGACUUGUGGUAGCAGCAGGUUUUGGGGCUGCCUCAGCUUGUGACUGGGCAACUGAUUACUUGAGCAGAAACCGUCAUGCCUAUCACUCAGCUCGAAGUGCAGCAAACUUUAUGAAAGCUGUAUUUCGUUUAUACCUGCUUCGUCAAGCACCGGUUCAAACAAAAAUGAUGAUUGCUGCAAAGGAUAAUUCAGGAAACUUGGUUGCUUUCCUGAUUGAUGGUUAUUCUGCUACUGUUGAACGGGUACGCCAGUAUUAUGCAUUGGGAAGUGGCUACUAUGGUGCUUUUCCUGUUCAGAACAACUACUACAGAAGCAUUAUGAGUCAAGAUGAGACUUAUCGUGUGGUGCGGAGGUCCAUCUGUAGGGGAGCUGCUAAAGACCCCGCAACUGGUGGCCACAUAAUGGGACUGUGCAUAUCUGAUCAAGUGGAAGAUAUUUUCUAUGGUGAACGCUCCAUUCAAUGGUUGAACAAUCAUGUGUAUAACUUCAAAUAUACUCAUUCUUUGUUCUGA